AUGAGUGAUGUGGAAACGCGGGGUUUUUGGUAUUUCAACUUUCCAGAAACAUCGCCGCCUGUGAGAGUGUACAAUGUUCCUUUAGGAACAUCGCUUACUCUGAGUUCGGACAAUAGUCCUUUACAAAUCUUGCAAUCGCCGCCUGAAAAUUCGGACAACGAUGCUAUGCAAACCUUGCAAUCGCCGCCUGUGAGAGUGUACAAUGUUCCUUUAGAAACAUCGCCGACUCUGAGUUCGGACAACGAUCCUUUACAAAUUUUGCAAUCACCGCCUGAAAGUUCGGACGAUGAUUCAUCAUCAGGUGUUUCCAGUGACCAACAACUACGAAAAUUGGAUAUCGAGGAGAGCGAUAAUUUUGCUCCAACUCCUGCAAUUAAGUACUAUUCACUGGAGGGGAUUCGACUCAAAUCGUUUGCAUUAUGGCCGAUGCUUCUAAAAGAGCUAAUCGACCCAAUGGUCUUGUGUGGAUUCUUUUAUACUGGAACCGGAGACAGAGUCCAAUGUUUUUUCUGUGGAAUAGCAGUAGAUCGAUGGGUGGCCGAUGACGAUAUAUGGGGAGAGCAUUUGAAGUAUAGUCCGCAAUGCUGA